AUUGUCAUGGAAGCCAGUUCUUCAUACCCACAUACCUUUAACUUUUCCUUCACCUUCACUAAGGAUUAUAGGAUACCCUACUCUCUGAUCAGCUGUGGAGCAGACCACCCAACAUCCCAUGUCCCCUCCCCCAUCAAAAACAACAAUAUUCAGUCUGAAAUGGAAAAAUUUUGAUAAAAAAACAUAGCAUUAAUUAAGUUACUGAUUUCCCAGCUUUUGUCAUGGAAAUAUCUUUGUUUUUCUGAGAAAAAUUUUCUGCAGUGACAAAGCUGAUUCAGCUUUUCUGUAGAGAAAGGGAGAUUAGCUUUGGGUUUUGGGGAUGGUUUGUAAAAGUCACGCUUUCCCAUUCCACGCGUGAUGGAUAACUCCCUCUUUGCUUUUUGAAUUUCAAACCCCAACGCUCCUCUAAGCGUUUUAAAGGCUUAAACCCUCAGGCACCCUCUUUCUGCGUCCGUGUAUAUAUAUUAUACACAUAUAGGCCAAAGUCCUAAGACCCACCACACACAGACGAUCAAUAUAUAUUCCAUCUCUCUAUAUUCUCAAGAAGCUUGCUAAGAACACUAUGUCUAUGGUGGAGGUAAGAGUUCCAAACUUGGACUGUGAGGGAUGUGCUUCCAAGCUAAAGAAAGCUCUCUUCAAGCUCAAAGGAGUAGAGGAAGUUGACAUAGAAAUGGAGAUGCAGAAAAUCACAGUAAGAGGCUACUUAGUAGAGGAAAAGAAGGUGCUAAAGGCCAUUAAGCGCGCCGGAAAAGCAGUGGAGCCGUGGCCAUUUCCGGGAUACUCGCACUUUGCCUCAUUCUACAAGUACCCAAGUCACAUUGUGAACCAUUACUAUGAGACAUCCGGUAAUGGAGUGAAUUCAAAUGUACAUACAUUCUUCCAAACCCCUGCCAUUUACUCCGUCGCCGUGGCCUCCGAUGAGGCCGUCGCUUCCCUUUUUAGCGACGAAAAUGUGCAUGCUUGCACCAUCAUGUGAACACGGAUUUUCUUUCUUGAUUCCAUCAUUCCACCACUUUUUGACUUCGAGCUUAUUGUGAUUUUUUUUUUUGGUGCCUCUUGAGUCAAGCAUUGUAUGAUUUGUUAUUUAUUGGAUGAUCAAUGGUUUGUGGUUUUAAUUUUUUUUAGUUUUGGGGUGGUUUAUAAUUUAUGUAAUUUAUGAAAAUUUCUAAUAAUUCGAUAUCAUAUUGAACUUUUCGAACUUAA